AUGUCCGCCAUCUAUAUAAACAUAACCAUUGCUUUCAUAGCAUCCUUGAUAGGAAUAAUAAUAUACCGAUCCCACAUAAUAUCAUCACUACUAUGUCUAGAAGGAAUGAUACUAUCGAUAUUCGUAAUGGCAUCCCUAAUCACACUAAACUCCCACUACACCCUAUCAUACACCAUCCCCCUAGUUCUCCUAGUAUUCUCCGCUUGCGAAGCAGCCAUAGGUCUGGCCUUACUAGUCCUAGUAUCAAACACCUACGGCUCAGAUUACGUACAAAACUUAAACCUCCUGCGAUGCUAA